AAAAAUUUACUGUUUUCCUAGCUUUUGAUACCAAAUAUAUCUUACAAUGAACCUGCGACAACUUUCUGGAAUACUUCUUUGCUACUGUUACCAUCGUAGUUUUGCCUUUCGAUUUUCAGUAGGUAGGAACAACGUGAAGGCAUCUGGUGGACCCCCGUCGAUUUAUCAUGAUGGCGUUUGGUCGCGUUCAAAUCGCGUUUCAUUGGAAAUCCGCCAGCUCACAAAUCGUUUCGACGUUCGAUCGACCGCACUUCACGCUUUCGACAAGAGGGAGCAUCAAACCAGAGGUGAGUUUGACACAGGGGCGGUUUUGAAGUAUGGUGCCGCUUUGGCUAUACAGAUGACUUUGUUCUUUAUCGCAUUCACUGGGUUGGAUGUUAUGGUGGUAAAUUUUGGCGUUGAGGUUCCUUUUAUUGCCAAUUGCUUCCUCUUUUACGUUGCGGCCCUGAAAUCCCGUGCCCUCAAUCCCCUCGCCAACAACCGUCCACAACCAAAGAAUCUAGAAAUUGACGGGUUGCAACGCAGGAUGCCCACCUGGACUCCCCCAGGGAUAGUGUUUCCUAUUGUGUGGCUCUUGAUCAUCGGCCCUAUUCGUGCUGUGUCUUCUGCAAUGAUAUACAAAACUACGGGAAGCUACGCUGUCCCUGCUAUUCUAUCUCUUGCUCUUCAUCUCUCGAUCGGCGAUAUUUGGAAUACGAUCAACAAUGUGGAACGACGCUACGGAGUGGCCGUCUUCGGCGUAUUGUGCGUUUGGCUAUCCAAGGCGUUUGCGGCUUAUGAAUUUUUCCGUGUCAAUCAAAUGGCUGGGAAAGUACUCGGGCUCACACUCGUUUGGUUGACUGUUGCGUCUGCUCUCGUUACGCGUACCUGGCAACUCAAUCCUGAUCCAACAACAGGAAAGGCGCAGCCACUUUUCCCCAUUAAAGGGAAAACUAAAACGAAGCUCGCGUGGUUUUCUGAUCUGAAGGGAGAGCAAAAAUAA